GAUAAAAUCCAUCAGCCGAUUCUGUUUGGGUGGCGAGGCGAGAUACCCCAUAUCAUAUCCACGACCACAAUCUUCUCAGUUAAAGAUGGUGCAGACGCUGGCAAUGCCUGUGGCGAGGCGAGAUAUCCACGACCACAAUCUUCAGUUCUGGAGUGACAAAUGGUGCAGACGCUGGCAAUGCCUGUGGCGCCUUCGCUCUCCCUUAUCUGCAACGGACUCCAAGCUACUUCUAUCUCCAACUUCGUCUCCCUCCCGCUCUCAAACUCUCCCAAGGUUGGUGGGCUGAGCAUCCGAUGCGUCCGUGUUGGUGGUGUGGAAAUCCCCAAUGGGAAGAGAGUUGAGUACUCGCUUCAGUACAUCCAUGGCGUCGGCCGCUCAAUGUCGCGCCAGAGCAUUGAGAACAAGAUAACCAAGGACUUGUCCGAGGAGGAGCUCACUAACCUCCGUGAUGAAGUCUCCAAGUACACCAUUGAAGGAGAUUUGAGGCGGUUCAAUGCACUAAACAUAAGGAGGUUGAAGGAGAUUCAGUGCUACAGAGGCGUGAGGCAUAUCCAGGGUUUGCCCUGCAGGGGACAGCGCACUAAGAACAACUGCCGGACCUUGAAGGGUAAGCGGGUCGCCAUUCCCGGCAAGAAGAAAGCUCGUUGAUUUGAUUGUGUUCCUUCUCAUUUCUCAAGUGCUUGCUGUGUUGUAAUGCUCUGUGAUUACCAUUCCUAGUGGUUUUCGUUUGUGGUUUUUGUAAACUGCCAGAAUAGAAUCCGGAUACGAGUUUGUCGUUCAGGUUUUAUCAUCAUCUUCUCCAAGUUUUUUUCCCCCAGAAAAGAACUCCAAGCAAGAACAAGUCAAGAUUCAAAGCUCCAACUUACAUCAACAGAUCAACUAGAAAUCAACAAUCAUACUCCAGCAUCCACAAAAGAAUUAGAAUAGCAUCAUGUACUAAAGAGAUAAAUUACAA